UUUCCAGCUUUGGAGGAGGACCACCGCUUAAGGCUCGUCUACCAGAGCUUACAACCUCAAACUGUUUGUCCUGUUUGGAACUUUUCACAGUCUCUUAAUUUCAAAUUUCCACGCCCCCGACUGCGUAUCUUUUUUUCCCAGCCACUAUGUCUCUAGGGGGGCCUGAUCCGCAGGUAAAGAGUUCCCUGGGCGGGAGCGUGUUCUUCGACCGCGGUUCGAUGGACGAAGCUCCGCCUCCCCUCAGCAGCUACCUCUGUUUGACCAUUUUCACCUGUUUUUGUCCCGCAUACCCCGUCAACAUCGUGGCCCUGAUCUUCUCAAUCAUGUCUAGGAGCAGCUAUUAUCAGGGUGACUACGAUGGGUCGAGGCGGCUGGGCAGGAACGCGCUUUAUGUGGCCGUGGCCUCCAUCAUCAUCGGCCUCCUCAUCAUCGCCAUCUCCUGCAUCGUUCAUUUCACCACGGGGGAUUUCUGAUGCUGUGGAAGUGGAGAGUGGGGGGAGAACGCUGGAUGAUGAUGUCUGGAAGGCCUCAGCUGGUUCGUUCAUACUGCGCCAUCUGCCAGCGAAAGGACGUCCUGUACGUCACUCUGUCUCCAGUGGAGCGUUCUGCACGUGGACAAUCACACACCCCACAACCUGAAUGUGAAUGUGAGCCUUUCAGGAACAAACACUAAAAAUGCUUUGAGUUUUAAAAAGACAGCUUUCUACAAACGUUUGUUAGACUGUGAACAUAAUUAGAAAGAUGUGUUUUGCCUGUAAUUUAUCAAGAAUAAUGACAAUAACUCCUUUUAUAACUUAAUCAGAAUACCUAUUUUAAAAUACUUUUAUUCAUGCUUGUAUUAUGUUUAGUUUUAUUAGAAAAAAUGUUUCAUUGAUUUUUAUUAUAAUAUUGGAUUAAUAAAUGAAUGGCAUGUACAGAAUCUCUUUUUCUCAUCUGUAACAACAAAGAAUGUAAAAUGUUCUACACA